CUCUAGUCAGGUUGUGUUGAGUGAUAUCCGCCCUCCUCCAACAUACCAGAGCAUACUUACUAAACCACUACCGUUUAUUCGCUCAUUAGUUGUCUUCUGUAAUAAGUGGACAAUAAGAUUGACAUUCCGGUCAUUCAGGGUUUCCUCGCUGUCUGUUUGUUUGUUUGGUGUGUAGAUUCCCUUGUGAAUGGGUUAAACUGAAGAGGUCACAGGCAGAUACUUCCUUUGAAUCAGCUGCCAGGCUGUAAAGCCUUUCUGCAGAUCAAAGACAGUGCACAUCCCCCUUUGUUGUAAAACUUUUUGCCUUUACAAUAAACAAACCCUUAAAAUGCCUCUUGGAUUGGGUCGCAGAAAGAAAGCGUCUCCUCUGGUAGAGAACGAGGAGGCAGAACCCAUCCGGGCCGGGCUGAAUGUUUCAGGGGUUGAUAGACUGGAUGGUGGGGUAAGCUUGGGUGAAGGAGCUACCCAGGAGGGCCUGCCUCCUCCACCGACCAACAUGCGACCUCGUCUUAUCUUCCACACCCAGCUGGCACACGGCAGCCCCACUGGUCGCAUUGAGGGCUUCAGCAAUGUGCGUGAACUUUAUGCCAAAAUAGGAGAGGCUUUUGGAAUACCUCCAGCAGAGGUAAUGUUUUGCACACUGAAUACUCACAAAGUGGAUAUGGAGAAACUUUUGGGUGGCCAGAUUGGUUUGGAGGACUUCAUAUUUGCUCACACGAAAGGCCAGAGGAAAGAGGUGGAUGUAUUUAAAGGAGAAGAUGCUCUUGGGCUCACCAUCACUGACAAUGGAGCUGGCUAUGCUUUUAUAAAGAGAAUCAGAGAAGGCAGUAUUAUUCAUCAGAUCCAGGUCAUCAACGUGGGUGACAUGAUUGAAUCCAUCAAUGGCCAGAUACUCAUUGGAUGUCGCCAUUAUGAGGUUGCCAAAAUGCUGAAGGAAUUACCCAAAGAGAAAACCUUUGUCCUAAAGCUGGUUGAGCCUCUCAAGGCAUUUGACAUGAUCAGUCAACGCUCUGGAAGCAGGUCAGGUUCUGUACAGUUAGGAACAGGAAGAGGAACUCUGCGUCUGAGAUCAAAAGGACCAGCCACUGUGGAGGAACUGCCCUCUGCAUUUGAAGAAAAAGCUAUUGAGAAAGUAGAUGACCUAUUGGAGAGCUACAUGGGUAUAAGAGACAGUGAACUCGCUGCCACGAUGGUGGAACUCGGAAAGGACAAAAAGAACCCGGAUGAGUUUGCCGAAGCUCUGGAUGAGACUCUGGGCGACUUUGCGUUUCCAGAUGAAUUUGUGUUUGAUGUGUGGGGUGCCAUAGGCGACGCGAAGGUCGGUCGCGUGUAAUUCUAGAAAGCACUGCUUCAACGAACACUACAUAAAUUGUACAAUUUUGUGCUGUGUGGACGUAUAAUCUGAGAUGUGAGAUCGCUGGAAUCACCUGUAUGUAGUUUUUCAGUGUUUUUUUUUAGCUGGAGGACACAAUGUUGAAUACAGUUUUAAAAUGGUCUCUUACUAGUAGAAUAUUUAGUGUCGAGAAGAAUUGAAGGUGUUAACCGCAGGCUUUGGCUGCAGACUUUAGGGGUCCUGAAACAGCCAUCCCUGUGAAUUUUUUCUGUUACAUACUGUGACUUUCUCUUGCACUGUGUUGGCCUGCGCUGUAUAAACAAAGUGCACACUAUGGCACAGCUCACAGAACACACAGACAACACACAGUAUUGUGCUGGUCUGCACUGUAGUGACCUCCACUGUGUGGAUCUGUAUUAUUAUUAUUAUUAUUGAAGAGUUAUGGACCAACACUAGAUGGAUUCCCUAAAGCAUGUACUGUCUUAUGUAUUAUGUUUUCUCUUUAUAUGAAGGCUUUGAAAUGGUGGUAAUGAAUUGUACAUUGAUGUGACCUUUAGUGCUUCUUUCCAUUCCCAGUUCUGUGACUUCCAUUGACAUAGCCAUUAUCUUUUAAAAGAAAUAGGAAAAAGCAACAAAAACACGUUUUCGUUGUAGGAGUGCGGUGAAGUACCUUCUAAUGCCAAACAAAAGGAAAUCUUUUUCAGUAUUAGCAAAAGUAUUAUGAACAGUGUUUCAGCUGUUUAUCAUUCUAAGAAUUGCUGUUGGAUGGAAACCUUGCAUCUCCAUGUUUUUGUAUCUUUUUUUCACAAAUCUCAACUAUUGGUCUUCCUUGAUCUUGUCUGUGGGUUUAGCUAAUAUUUAACAAAUGAUAAGGAGCUUGUUAACUCUGACAAAACACAGUGUUUCGUUAUUUACAAAACACAGUGUUUUUUCCAUUCAUGAACAGUACAUGUUCUGAAGAUCCAAGGUUUCCGUUUGACAUCAUUGAAAGGACAUAUAGGGCCGGUAGAGACAUUGCUUAAAAUGUUUUUGUGAAGGUCAAAUCAAAUGUUACUGGACGAAAAAUAUGCACACUAGUUUAUCGUCUGAUCAUGUCUGAUGCGAAUACAUCCUUAGGGAUCUAUCGAAUCGUUGCAUCAUUAAUCCGUCGUUUACAAACUAAACACAAGCUUGAUAUUUCCUUGUUUUGUUUAUGUGAACAACACACUAAAUAAUGAUGUACAGCAAUAUGUACUGAAUCAUUUUCGUACAUGAGGACAUGUGUGAAAAAUUCUGAGCGAUAACUCGAAUGAAUCUAAGAUAGGAAUUGAUUUAUUGAAACAGAUUCAACUAAUCUGUCCGAAUUAAAUAGUGAUAUUAACAGUGCUUCAUGAAUGCUAAAAGAUGGAUGGGAUGAUGGAGUGAAUGAAGUGUUUUUACAGAAAUCACACUACAGCCAUAUUCUUAAACAUGACUAAGAAUAGCACACAUGUUACAGUAUCCAUGCCUUUAAACAGGCACUUCAACACUGUACUUAUGUCUUUCACAUCUGUAUCAGAGCAUGUUUGAAAUGUUAAAUAUAUUGAUCAUGUGAUGGUAAAAACUUUUCUUUUAUAAAUUAGCCGAAUGUCUUAUUUUCUUGUUUUAUGGACCAGAGCUGAAACUUUUUUUUUGUUUCUUUUCAUACUGUAAAGCUAUGCGUGUAGCUUGAACAUAGCUCUCUCAUGCACAUUUAGAUGAUGUUUCUAAGAAGUUAUAGUUUACACUGAUAAUGUUUUGAUGGUUUCAUGUCACACUGUACUACCUUUAUAUUGCAAUAGUCAUUAUAAGAGUCUGUUAGAUCUGUUUUAUUCAGGGACAGAAAUGGUAUUACACCACAUUGUAUUGUUUUUCUUUUAGAUCAGUUUCUCGAUAGUAUUAAAGUGCAGAAAAAGA